UCUCUUUUAGAAAUCGACAGCAGCGACAUUUUUACGAAUGGCGAGAGCCGAGAGCCAUGCCAUGAGAGCAAGUUGAUUGUCAUUAUUUUUUCACGAAAAUGAUUUUAGGCAAUGUAGCUUUUUCUGUUUUUGCACUGUUUUUGGCAAUUUCCAUUGAUCACACGUCUUCGCAAUGUGUCAAACAGAGUAGUUGCACUUGCGUCUUCCCAAACGGCGAGGGAUAUAAUAUAUCAAGUCUUAGUACCGACACAUUGAAAUCAAUUCCAGUGUCAAAUUAUACUUUUGCCUUUCAACCAUGUCGUAACAUAGUAAUGAACAUCGUUUCAACGAACUCAGAAUGCAAUAAAAGUCCUGGAGUAUCGUUAUGUGCAUACUCAAAGAUACAAAAUCAGACCUAUAAUUUUGGUACUGUUGAAGAAACUACUUUUGAGGAAGUACAAGGAAUAGAGACGUACACUGCAUUGGUUCUGAAGCAUGAAUCGAACAUUACUUAUAUUCGAUUAAUUUGUUGUGAAACUUGUGAAAAUCCAAGACUUGUCAUGAAUCACGACCCAAAGUUUGGACAGAAGAACCACUUAACGUUAAUGUCAGUACACACAUGUAAAAUUAAAAUGGUAUCUACAGGCCUUUCCACUGGCUCCUUUUUAGUAAUUUUGUUGUUCAUAUUUAGUGGAAUAUAUUUAAUUGGGGGAGCUUUGACAAUGAAAUUUCUAAGAGGAGCGACUGGAUUGGAAAUGUUACCAAAUUAUGCCUUUUGGUCAGAUUUUCCAUCACUUGUUAGAGAUGGUAUUGCGUUCACGUUCAGCGGAUGCAAAGCAGACAGUUACGAUCGUAUAUAACGCAGUAUUUUUUGUCAAGACAAUUAUUCUGCUAGUGGACAAAUUUAUAAUUCUGUGUUUUCACAUAAUAAGUGAUAUCGUAUUGUUGAGUUCGUUCUUUUUUACCAUCUUUUCCAUAUUCGUAAUUGAAAUUUAUCCACUGGAAUGUAGCAUUACAUUAAACGCUAUAAAACUGUCAUUCAUGUCAAUUUAAAGUUUAUACAAAUGAAAUUGGUGUUAAUAUUAAUGAUUUUGGUAUUGAGUCAGUCCGUAUAUGAAAAAGUGAUACCAGAAUAAAUAGUCAAUGAAGUCAAAAAUAUGUAAAAAGGUAAAGUGAUGAUGUAAUACGAUAACCCACUUAUUAAUCUUUAUGAUACAUAUUAUUUGUCGUUAUUUGAAGUCUUGCUUUUAUUUCAGUUGAUUAAUGUAUUCAGUACUUUAGUUUCGUGAACGAUUUAAAUCUUUUCCCUGCGUCAUUUAACGCAAUUAGCAUAACAUGAUUGCUUUACAAAUUGUUUUUUUUUUUUCCAUUAAAGUUCUAUUAAGCAAUAA